AUCAAACUGACACCAGAUGAGGGAGAGCAACACCAGCAGUCUCAUGAAUAUCUUUGGGGUGUUAAAACUUGGAGAAAUAUCUGGAUUCUACUCUUAUCUGGAAAAGUUCAUAUCUCCCAGUUUUUAAAGCUACAGUUAUCUUGGUAAUGUCAUCACGAACGUGAGAAAACUGGUCCUGUAAUCCAAGCUCGGUAGGUAUCCCCCAUGUGAAUGACAUAAAAAAGAUGUGAAGUCUUAUCCAGUUUGUUGUAGACUCUCCUCAUGAAAGAGUGGGAAUUUGCAAUGGCUAAUGCAAGAAGAAUUCUGGGAAGAUUAUCAAAGUCGAAAUCACCAUAGUUUGAUGAGACAGCCAGAAUCAGCCUCUGAUUUAGGACCAACUUAUGGGGCAGUAACUACCCUAAAUACCGCUACAUCCAGUGGAUGAUUGGGCCUAUUGUCUCAACCCACGGCCCCAAAGGAAAGUGGCGGCGGACCUCCAGAUUGGGAUUGUGGGAGAAUCAUGGUACUACGAAUGGAGGCAGGAACGGGAACCCUCAUGAGGCCAUAUGAGCACAAGGCUCUCUGCAAUACCAAAUACACAUCAUACUUUCCACUCCAAGAAGUCCAAUCGGAUGGAAUAGGAAGCCACAAACGCCAGCCUGCCCGACAAUGUAUAGUAACCGCCACAUAUGACAAGAUCACGACUAUUGAGUCAUCCGAAGUGGUGGAUGGACAAAUGUCAAACACUUGUACUUAGUGAGUCGGUAUCCUGUGGGCGAGACGCAUGGAGCCAAGCUGCUUCAUGUCAGGGACUUGGUCAGACUACGACAAAGCUCUGUCUUUGUGCAAGGAGAACUCGCUCCCCCGUGUACCAUCGGUACCUACAUCGCAACUGUGACACCCUUCCGAAUCACACGUGAGCCUGCUGAUAGGUUUCUCAUGGUGCUGUGAACCUCAAGUAUACAGACCACAAUGGAGUCCCACAGCGAUCUCGCUCGACUGGAGAGAAAGUGAUUGGUGGCUUGCCCUGUUCCCCUUCCAUUCUUUUCCGCAAGGACAUCGUCGAACGUUGGCGCUCCAAAUCAAUGUUUAUAUGCAAGGUUUAUCCUCAACAACAAGCCCUGUGGGAGAUAAACACGAAGCUUUUAUAUGACGAGCAGAUAUGCCCAACAAACCAUCAGCUCCGGCUCCGGUUGCCGCAAUCCGAACCGCUGCAGGAGGUCGGAUAAAGCUUCGAGGACAAAAAAAUGGUGGUUUGCUUCGACGGCCAUUCCACUCAUCGCUGCAACCAUUGGGCCGUUCUCCAACGUCUUGUCCAUCGUGUCCUUGGUGAGUCCAUGGAGAUUCACAUUGCCUGACAAUGGCUUGCCAUUCAGCGACAACCAUGGCUCCGAUGAUGCCGCUUGGGGUAUACCUGAUCCAAAUUGGGAAAUCAUCCCCAACAUCUUCUCCAUCAUAUUUGGCCUCCUCGGCCACUUGUUUCUGCUGUUAAACUUCACACGUCGAGUACGAUACAUAGUGGCCUUGCCUUUAUCAAUUGUAUUCUGGCUCUUGUCGGCUCUCAUCCUGAUAGUCGUGGAAAUUGCCAUGGCAAUCUAUGCACCACCUGUGGCGCCUGGUGAAGCAUAUUCUCAGGGCUUCUGGCACUCCGUCCUGGCAUCGCUCAUGUACGUCCUCAGCUGUGCCAUGCUGAUGGUUAACAUGGUUGGCUACUUUAAGGGACACUAUCCACAAAAAUUUGAGCUAGAUGACGACCAAAGGACACUGAUUCUCCAGACCAUGAGCUUUUUCUUCUGGUUGGCAGGAGGUGCAGGGGUGUUUUGCGCGUUGGAAGGCUUUACUUAUGCUGAUUCCCUAUAUUUCUCUCAAGUGACAAUCCUCACUGUGGGGUUCGGAGACUUCGCACCCAAAACCGAUUCGGGAAGGGGAUUUCUGUUUGCAUUCCAGAUUAUCGGUGUCAUCUUCUUGGGUCUUGUCAUUGGCAGCCUGACGCGCUUCGCAGCCAACAUCAGCGCGGACAAGAUCAUCAAACGUCAUCGGCAACACAAACGCGAGUCGACUGUCGGGAGAACAGUGACCAGUGAAAAAGAACUGAGAGAGCGGUUAGGCCUGCCGCCCGUGAGGCCGGAUUCAGCAGCUGCCGAAGGAGGCCUGGCAGAGAGCGCCUCAGAAUAUGCCCGCCGGGCAUCCAUAAUGCAGCUCGGGCGCCUGGAGAUUGUGGGAAGAGCAGUUACAUUUGACGAGGGCAAGGCCCAAAAUGCGGUUGGCAGCGGAGAAGAAGCUCUUCGUGACAGACGAAAGAAGCGGCGGCAGAAACUACUGUUGUUGGAGGAGGAAAAGGACAGGUUUGAUGUCAUGAGGCAGAUACAGGAGGAGACAAAACACUGGAAACAAUCAUGGGCGCUUGGGAUGGCACUGUUGGUAUUUUUCUCCUUUUGGACAAUUGGGGCUCUCGUUUUCAUGGUGACUGAAAAACGGAUAUCCCAAUGGAGAUACUUUGACAGCCUUUACUUUUGCUUUGUGGCAAUCUUGACGAUCGGGUAUGGUGAUCUCGCCCCCAAGUCCAACAUUGGCAAGCCGUUCUUUAUUGUCUGGUCCAUCACCGCGGUUCCCAUUGUCACAGUCCUGGUUCAGCAAAUGAGUCAAACCGUUGUCAUGGCUAUCAACAGGGGUACCUUUACUCUGGCAGAUUGGACCAUCAUGCCCAAGAAGGGAAUUCUCAAAAGCUUUCUCACUCGUCACUCUACCCUGGCCAAGUUAUUAAACAGGAAACAGGUCGACACAGAAAAAGGCAAGCGCCCAGAGAGACCUAUGCGUGACGAGCGGCAUUUCAGCGACAUAGACCCCGAGCGUUCUCUUGGUCAGCAGCAAGACGGGAGUCGGGUACUGGAAAAGGAGAAGUAUGAUGACAAUGAGCUUGCCAAAGAGCUAUCUGCCGCCAUCAAGGCUGUUGCCCACGACCUGAGAUCCCAUCCGCCAAAGGUGUACUCAUAUGGCGAGUGGGAAAGAUUCACGAAGCUGAUACGAUUCACCGCCUUGUCUUCGUUAGAACGCGAUGAGUCGGUGGAGAGAGAUGAACAAACAGAAUGGGACUGGAUUGGUGAAGAUAGCCCUCUGCUCGCCGACGUUACUGAAGCAGAGUGGGUUCUUGAUAGGCUGUGUGAAAGUUUGGGACGAUGGAUGAGGAGACAGGUCCAGAAGCAUGAGCAGAGAAAAUACUGGGAUGAGGUGUUUGAUGUCAUGGAAGGCAGGGUUGGGGAUAGAAGGAAAGGGGAGGCAGCGACAGACACGCGGCGAGUUGGAAGUAGGUCAUAUGGUCAUGGCAGGAACGAAGAUUGGAAAGGAGUGAAAUGGGAGGAGCCAACAGGAAACAUGGAAAGACCGCUGACCAGAUAAUUUUUGGGAUGACGACGGGGACGCAAUCUGGUUCCAAACCCUUCUUCGCGCCUCACUUCCACCAAAGAUGACAGCUGAACUUGUCACGAAGCACCUUUGUGGCUACAGCUCAAGCAGCCUCCAGCCCACUUGAUUACCCCAUGGCCUUUACACAAUAAAACUGCAUUCAUAGAUUUAUAUUUAAACCUUACCAUUCAUACGGAGCCGCGCUCAAUUUCCCACAACCGCGAAGAAACGUCAAAACCCAGUCAAAAAGACUUCCGCUCACUCACCAACGCCCACGGCCCACCCCAAACUCCAGCCUGACGCCGCGUCAGUGGAACAACUCCCAAGGCCACCGUCAACUAUUCCACCCACAACCAAAAAGCAUCCUCCGAGGGAGUCGAGGCAAUCAAUGGGUAGUGCCGCGGUAAACCAAGGGGGCAAAGUCCUCAGGCUCACAGGGCCCCGAGAGGAGGGGGUAGAUGAUCUCUUAGACAUCUCCAGCAAACCCAAGAGUCUCUUCUACAUCACCUUAGCAGAACUAUUUCAACACCCCUGCUUUCUGUUAUAUGAAUUCAAUCCUCCCACGGCUCCAGCUCUAACCUCAGUAUCUCAGAUUCAGCAGUCUGAACAGCGCAGCACGUCGGCGACACAGCCAUACGAAGCCUAUCUAUACGAGCUCACUAAUGAUGGUGUAGAACGGACACUUUUAAAUUCGGCUGAGCUGUCCAACAACACCAAAAGAAUUUGCCCAAAAGAGCAAUGGAAGCGGUUAGGUACGCUUCGAGAGAGCGGCAAUU